AUGUCCGAUAUAAACAUGGAGAAGUUUGCGGUGCCAGAGUUUGUUCCUGAUCGCUAUGUAAAAGAGUUAGCGAAAUCCUGCGUCGGAGGGGAGGAGUUGCAGCAGCAAAAGGAAAAAAUUCAAACAUUGGCUGAAGAGACCGCCAAUGCUCUUAAGAAAAAUGUUUACGAGAACUACAUGCAAUUUAUUGAGACGGCUACGGAGAUUUCUCACCUAGAAGCUGAAAUGUAUAAACUGUCUCACUUGCUAAGUGAACAGCGUACAGUGCUUACAACGUUAUCCCAAGCGUCUAUUUUAGGUAAUGAUAAUACGAUUUCACGGGAGUCACUUGACAACCAUGAUUUGGAGGCUGACAGGGCUGAAGAACAGCGUAAGAAUAAACUUAAUCUUAUAACAGAAAAAGUGGAAGGUUGUAUGAAUCUUUUAGAUGUACCGGAUAGAACAUUACUUCAUGAAGGUGAUUUACUAGAAAUUGACGCAGAAGAAAACACUGCCUUACAGAGAAUGCAUGUAUAUUUAUUUAAUGACAGUCUAAUGUUAAGCUCAUGGAUUUCAAACCGUAGAGGCCCUAUGAGAUAUAAGUUUCAAACAAGUUACCCUAUUAGCACUCUAGCAGUAGUGAAUGUGCGAGAUUUGGGUACUGUUAAACAAGCAUUUAAAGUUCUAGCAUUUCCAGAUACUAGAGUAUUUCAGUGUAAUAGUUUGGCUAUUAAAAAAGACUGGUUAGAUAAAUUUGAUGUGGCUAAAAAAAUGCACAUUGAAAAAGAAACCUCUAAGCAGAAGAAAAAGGAAAGCCAAGAUAAACCUAGAACUGAGUCCCUAGAUUCCCCAAGUCUCUCAGUUGAGGAGCUUCCAUCACCACAGGUGACUCCGUUACCAGAUUGGUUGUCAGAUGUUACAGAAGAGUUAGAUGUGUUAAUUGUUGAAAGACAUUUCCAAAGAACCUACGAACUAAUGGUUUCAGCUCAGAAAACUUUAAACAGUGAAGAAUUUAAAAAUCAUCCUCAAAGAGCUGAUAUUUUGAAAAGAAUAGAGCAGAAACAAAAAGCUUUAACGGAGAUAUUACUUAAAGAACUGGAUGUAAGCCAUAAUUGGAGUCCGAGGGGAGGCCUGAGAUCUUCAAGACAUCCUGUACUAAUACUCAAUAAGUUUAAUAUGACCAGUCAAGCCUGUGAGCUAUUUCUAGAAAUUUGUAGUCAUACUGUUAAGGCUCAUGUUAAAGGAGUGCAAUUGGAAGGUUCAAUUCAUAGUUAUGUUAAUCAAGUGGGGGAAGUAUUUUUUUUGCUCAUUAAGUGA